UAUUUAAAUCCCAAAUCUAAGCAUUGCUUCACAGUUCACGCAAUUCGACCGUUGCAAUCCCUUUUGCUCAAACGGUCAUAUUAUCUUCCACCAUUUUUCUUAUACUUGCUCCUCACACCUUGUUCCUAACCUCUUGCAUUUCCCAUUUCAACAUUUUUCCUUGUUCCAUAUAAGGGGUUUUUUGGAAACUACACAAGAAAAACCCAAGUAGAAUCUCAUGGAAAACAUGCUCAAAACGCCACCAAAAGUCCCAGUUCAAUCACAAACACCUGACCCUGAAUGCAAAACACCAACUCCAGUUCAACAAAAAGUCCUGAAUGAUCAAAAUUCUUCUAAUGAAUUGCGCAAAUCUGUAACCCCAGAUCGUCUUAGAGUUCCCAAGGCAUUCAAAUACCCUGAAAGGUAUACCAGUCCAACUGAUUUGUUGAUCUCCCCAGUAACCAAAGGGCUUCUUGCCAGAAGUAAAAAGGGUGGUGCACUAUUACCACCUGGUAAAAACCAACCAAAGAUCCCAGACAUGUCCUUGCAGGAUGUGGGUCCUUUUCAGAACAAGCUUCCAAUGCUGGUUGAUGAGAAGAUCAACACAACUUGACGAAUUCAAUGAAUCUUUGUUCAGUUAUCUCUUUGUUUCCUAUGUUAAAGAACUGUCUGUUGUGUAAUUAUUUCCUUUUUUAAGCUUAUUAGGCCUUUGAAGUUUGUGAAGCUCUUGUUGUACCCCCCA